AUCUGUAAGAAAACCAUAGCCAAAUCUCGUACCACUUACGAACGACAGUUAGUAUAUGACAGUCGUACUUGUCCGAAACGAUUGUUUUCGUAUGUUAAACGGCGGACGAAACGUAGUGAUGGUAUUCCCCCGUUACUGUUACACGAAAAUCCAGAAUUACUAGCUGAAUCAGAUCGAGCAAAAGCUGAGACUUUUUCAAACUAUUUUAGCGAAGUCUUCUCCACGUUUAUUUUAACAAAUACUUGUCCCACUCACACCGAGAUACCAACCAUGGAAUUUGUACAGGUGACUGAGGAAACUGUCCUUCCGUUGAUAACUAAACUCAAACCUGGUAAGACACCGGGCCCUACGGGUACAUCCACGGUUGCUGUCAUCUCUCGAGGACAUUAUUUCCAAACUGCUCGCGAAACUCUUCAACAUGUCCCUUUCACUCGCCCAACUCCCUAGAGAUUGGAAGGACGCUAUAGUCAGUCCUAUAUUCAAGGACGGUCAGAGACAUAUAGUAUCUAACUACCGGCCUGUUAGUCUAACUAGUAUAGUCGUUAAGUUACUUGAAAAGAUAAUUCGGGUUAGGUUGCUAAGCCACAUAGAUUUACACAAUCUGUUGGCUCCUGAGCAACACGGAUUUCGUAACAAGCGUUCAUGCUUGACUAACUUGCUUAUUGCCAGGGAGGAUUGGACAGCAGCCCUUGAUAACGGUCUGUCUGUUGACGUGAUAUUCAUAGAUUUUAGCAAAGCGUUUGACAAGGUUUCACACGUAGGUCUUAUGCAGAAGCUCACGAGCUUCGGAAUAAUAGGUACUGUACAUGCGUGGAUAGGAAAUUUCUUAUGUGACCGCAGACAGAGAGUGAGGGUUAACGGAACAGUAUCCGAUUGGAAGCCGGUCAAAAGUGGUGUACCUCAAGGCACCAUCUUAGACCCCCUGCUCUUCCUUCUCUACGUUAAUGAGUUACCGCUGUUACUUAGGUCGUCGACAUUAUUGUUUGCGGAUGAUGUAAAAAUCUGGAGAACAAUAAAAAGUGCGGCUGAUCAUCUGGAUACCAGGUAAAUGAACGGUAUAUUUAGUUAAAGCACCGUUCGGAUCUUUAUAGAUAAUCAUAUGUGCCAUUACUCGCUUUUGUUUUUUACUGUAUAGAUAUAUUGACCUAGUGAAUCACUACAAUGCAUUGUCUUAUGAUUCUCCAGUAUUUGCCAAUCUAGUUUUUUGGCGUUGUCAACAGUUAUGUCAUGUGAAAUAUAGACGUGCACUAUGGGGUGAACAUCAACAAGUUUUAAAUUCACUUCGUAUUGUUUUAAAUCAGCUAUUUAUACAAUAAAGAUAAUCGGGAUAGUGAAUUUACUCAACAAUUUGUACGUUUAUGUCAAUUAUUACCUCAAAUGACAAAU